UUUUGUUGUUGUUGAAAUCCUGUUGCCUGUCUUCAGGCUGCCUGAGAUGCACCUAAAAUACCGAAGGUUCAAAAUCUUAGGUUUAAGUUAUUUUGGUCAGGGAAUAUACACUGUCUGCAGCCACUUGUGUAGGUAUGAUCUUUAAAGGACCCCUUGGCUAUAUACUCGGGUGAAUUGCAGGAGCAAUUCUUUGCCACACUAAUUGUGACUUACUUGAUGUAAAGAACCCAACUUCAGUGCAUGGUUUGAAGAAUGAGGUGAAAAGAGAAUUUCGUCAUACCCCUGAUUUGUCUUUGUUAGGAUUGCAACUUCAAAGUUGCAUGCUUUAGUUUUUCCAUUAAAAGGGCUUUUGGAUUUUUUUUUUUUUUUUAUCUUGAGACAGGGUCUCCAUAUGUAGCCCCGGUUAACCUUAAACAUAGAGGGACCUCCUAGUCUCUGCCUCUCAAGAGCUGGGCUUACAGGAAUGAGCUACUUGAAUUACCAACCUUGAUUUUAAUUUCUAACCCUAAAAACUUGAGUAAUAUUUUUAGAUCACUAGAAUGGUGUGUCCUUUGAUUAUAGUACACACUAGCAUUGAAGAACAUUAACACUGCAAAGCAAAUGAUAUCCAGUGCAUCCCUGUAAGGGUGGCUCAUGUUUGAACAAGACUUUUCCCAUUAUUGCUCAUUUGUAUAGAAAAUGAUGUUUGUAAAAUACUGGAGUGGUGGAUUCAAAUUGGCUUUCUGUAGUUGGUAGUUGUGGAGCUUGAAUCUUCCAAAAUCUUCCAAAAUUUGUUAGCCUUAAUGUGACAUAUAGGAAUAUAAAAUUGGAAUACUUACCUACUAUUGUGUUUUUUUUAGCCUAUAUUUAAAAGGUUUAUAUGUGCACCAUUUUUUUUUUUUUAAUUAACUAGUUUGGGCUGGUGAGAUGGUAUAGUGGAUAACAACACUUGUCCAACAGGCCUGACUACCUUAGUUGGGUCCCCCAGAACCCAAAGUGGAAGGAGUGAAUCCUCUCCAAAGUUGUUCUCCAUUGGGCCUUAGUGGUCCUAGCCUUUAAUCCCAGCCCUGGGGAGGCAGAGGCAAACUCUUGAGUUUGAGGCUAGACUCAUCUACACAGCCUGUCUUGAAGAAUCAAAAACAAAAGCUGUCUUCUGAUCUUCACACUCUUGCCAGUGUGUAUGUGUACAAAUAAAUGCACACAAUAAUAAUAAAAAUUAAAAACACAAUUAGUUUGAUUUUGACAUAAGAGAUUGGCAACUGAGUAUUUACAAGGAGUUUGUUUUUAAACAAUUUGUUCAAGACCCUAAAGUGCCUUAUAUUCUGUUAAACUCUUAUUUAAAUUCAAGAUGUUUUCAUAUUGAGACAAUACCUGUGCUUAGUAAACACAUUCCCUGCUCCGGUGAUCCUUGUAAACCCAUCAAGACUAAAGUUUACAAAGUUUACAAAUCUUUGCAAAAAGAUUUGUUUUCUUAGGAAUAUUUUUGUAGAUUAUUUUAUUUCAGAUUUUCAUACAUGUGAAACAUUUUAUAUUUUGACCACCCUAUCUCCCUCCUCUGUCCCUCAGCUCUCCCCUCAGUGAGUCCAUCUCCCAACUCUUGUUCUUUUUUGUGACCCACUGAGUCUAAUGCUGCCCCACAUUUCUAGUUACUUUUAUGAUACGUAUACUGCAGAUUUUUUUUUUCUUUUUUUUUGGUCUAAUGUACUUUUUGGAGGAGAAUUGAUGGGGCUUGAAUGCACAGUCAAACUUUGAUCUUUGAUUCAUAGGGCUAUAAUUUAAGUGGUUCUUCCAUUUUAGUUUUAGUUUUUUGUUUUUUGUUUUUUUUUUUAAAGAGGAUAAGGGGCAUUUAAUUACAAGAUCUCUUAUGAAAGGGAACAAUUCAUAUUGAGUGUAUUUUUCUCCCAUAAACAGCUCUCUAUAUUCCUCAAUGUAAAAGGGCUAUUCUUUAUUUCUCUGAUACUGCCUUUUCAGUCUUUGCAGAAUGUUUGCUGCCAGUUUCCCCUGAUCAAACAUAAGUAAGUUGUGGGAAGUCAGGGCUUUGACUUGGUAUGGUUAUUCUGUAUCCCUGGCACCUAGGUAGGAUACUGCCAUACAUAUGGUGGGCUUUAAUAAAUAUUUGUUGAAUGAGUAUAUUUGGUAAUAAUGUCUGAGGGUUAUUCAUUUACUGUACAUCCCGUAGGCCUUCCUGUUUGUUUCCUCAGAUUUGUUUACUUAUAUGCCUAGUCAGCUGUAUCCAAAUCUGGGCUCACUGAAACUUGCUAAGCUUUUCUUGCUUGACCUUAUCCAUCUGUUUAGUACAGUGUUUUCUACAGCUGCACUAUCUGGAAAAUUUGCCAUCAACUAGAAAGUCAUCUGGACAUUAUUCUUUUAUUCUUCUAAAACAAAUCCAGACUUAACCUGUUUCCUCAUUUUCCUGUAUUUAUGUGUUUGCAAAUAGUAGCUUAUUUCUGUCCCCUUCUUCACCCCCUGCUGUGUCAAGUUUCCUGGUCAUGUGAUGUUUUGCCCCUUGUGAGUUUCUACUUUUAGUUGCUCAUCUCUUCUAUCCAAAGUAUUUUUACUGAAGCGUUUUUUGUUAGUGCUAUUCCACUUUGUCUGCCACUGCUGGUGUUAGUUUAGAGUGUUAAGAGUUCCUCUUCACUAGUUACCCUGGGACGUGGGUCUCAUACUGUUUAUUCCAAAUGAAGAGACUAAAUGUUUUGUCACCUACAUGGUGUCCUUCCUUGCAGUUUUGAGAAUUAAGAAGCUUGUCAAGGCAGCACAUCCCUAUAAUCUUAACACUUGGAAAGUACAGAAGAAUCUGGAAGAAGUUUAAGGCCAACCUUGGUGACAUGCAGUUCUAGGCUAGUCUGAAUUACAUGAGACCAUGUCUCAAAAAAAAAAAAUCAGUUUUCAAUUUUUAAAAUUAGAGUCUCCUAAGUUACCAAGGUUAGCCUUGAACUUUCCUUACUUUUAUCUCACUUUCUAUCAGUAGCUAGGGUUACAGACCUGAGCUACCAGGCCCAGCUUAGAAUUGGUAUGUGUCUAGGUUUAUUUUGUGUGAAUGAGUAUUUUGUUUGUAUGUGCGUAUGUAUGUGUACUGUGUGUGUGCCUGGUGCCCACAAAGGUCAGAAAAUGUGGUGGGCUUUCCUGGCACUAGAAUCACUGCUGGCUGUUCGUGCCAGGAGCUAACCUGGGCCUUCUGCAAGAGUAACAAGUGAUCUUAACAGAGGAACCAUUUGUCCAGCAUGAUCCUUUUCUUCUACAACUUAAUACCUAGAAUUAGUCGUUAAUGUUGCAGUGUGGGUACACUGAACUUAAUGACUUGACUGUUGCUCACUAUUUUUCUUUAACACUUUCUACUUCUUACACAUCAUUUUCUUGAGGCUCUUCGUUUCCAUUUGUUGCUUAAAUUCUGCUGAUGUGUGUUCUUGAGCUGCUGCUGCUUAGAGUGGUUAGAAGCAUAGAUUCUGGAGCCAGACUGCCUGAGUUGAAAUCCUUGAUCUGUCAUUUAUUAGCAUGUGCAAUUUUAGGUCAUGCCUUGUGACUUCAGUUUAUCCUUUGAAAAAUGAGGCUAGCAAGCCUGACAGGUAACUCACAACUAUAAUCCCAGCACUGAGAAGGAGGAGGAGGCAGGAAAAUGAGUUUAAGGUCAUUAUAAGUCUUGGCCAUAGGAGUUAGAUGGCAGUCUGAGCUACGUGAGACCUGUCUCAAAUAAAAAUAGAACAAAAAAUGAGGCUAGUAACAACACCUGCCUCACAGUGUGGAAGAUUGUAUCAGUGAAUGUAUAUGACAUGUUUUCAAGACUACUUACCUGCAGGCAGAGCUGUGUAGGUGCUGCUCUCACUGUUACUCUCUCCUAGGCCCUACCCCUUGACCUUUAGAAGCUGUCUUUAGUUCACAGGUGAAUGGUUUUUUAUGGCCUUCCCUCCUACAGACUAAUCUCGUAAAUCCUAAAAAAAAUUCCAAGUGGAGAUUCUUAUCUUCUUUACAUUUUUUUGUUUCCCUCUGUCAUAAAUUCUUGCAGGGUCUGCAGAUGUGGCCCAGAAUAGUUAUUAAUGUGGCCCAACACAAAAUUGUAAACAUGACUUAAAAUUGGAGUUUGUGGGGUGUGUGUGUGUAUGUAUGCAUGUAUGUGAUUUAAAAUUAAAUUGUGUGUGUAUUGGUGUCACAGUUUAUGUGGUGUUAAGAGGACAACUUUGUUAGUUCUUUCCUAUGCCAUCAGUAUGGGUUCUGGCAAUUGAACUCAAGAUGAUUAGGCUUGCGGAGUAGAAACUGUUAUCUUCUGAGCUAUACACUUAGAACUUUUCUAAUUUUUUUUUUUUUUUUUUUGAGACAGGGUCUCCUGAAUCCCAAGCAGGCCUUGAAUCAUUGUGAAGUUACAUAUGAUUUUGAAUUUCUGUUUUUUUCUGCUUCUACCUCCCAAAUACUAGGAUUAGAGGCAUGUACUGCUAUGCUAGGUUUAUGUGCGUAUUGGAGAUAGGGCUUCAUGAAUGUUGGGCAAGCACUCUGUCAACCAAGCUGCAUUUCUAGCACAUAGCCUAUUUAAAAAAAAAAAAAAAUUAGGGGUUGGAGAGAUGGCUCAGCAGUUAAAUACGCUGGCUGCUCUUCCAGAUAUUCUGUUUAAUUCCCAACACCCACAUGAUGGCCCACAACCAUUUAUAAUGGGUUCUGAUGCCCUCUUCUGUCACGAAGGCAUAUGUACAAAUAGAGCACUCAUACACAUAAAUGAAUGAAUGAAUAAAAAUUAAGUAAAUAAGUAAAAAAAAAAUCUGUUGGUCAUGGUGAUGCAAGCCUUGAUCCCAGCACUUGAGAAGCAAAGGCAAAUCUCUUGAGUUUGAGGCCAGCCUGGUCUCCAUACUUAUAGGACACCAGAGCUACAUAGUGAAACCUGAUCUCAAAACAACAACAGACCACAUUUAUUUACUGUGUACAUACUUGUGUGCUUACGUGGAGGUCAGAAAACAAGUUAGGGAAAACAAGUUAGCUCUUUUCUUGCCCAAAUGGGUCUGGUUAUUGAACUAGGCUGGUCUAGCUUUUGAGGCAAUCACCUUUGCCUUCUGAGCCAUCUCCCUGGCCUAUACUGCUAUUUUUAAAGGCACCUGAGUGUCCUCAGAGUUUGGUUUGUAAGGAUCCUUGAGCCAAUCUCCCCAGAUUUCAAGGAUGAUUGAUAGCAGAGUGGCUGUACACUUGUUUAACUUUAAAGCUGUAGACUAGGAUUAGGAAGAGAGUUCUCUUAUUUGAACAAUAUCAGUUAAUAAUUGCCCAACAAAACUGCUCGUUGUUUAAGAUACUUUUUCUAAGAAUUAUGAUCUUUUAAUCAGGACUUAGGCAGAUAAUCUUUUUUUUUUUUUUUUUUUUUAAUUUUUCGAGACAGGGUUUCUCUGUGUUCUCCUGGCUGUCCUGGAACUCACUGUGAAACCAGGCUGGCCUCAAACUCAGAAAUUGGCCUGUCUCUGCCUCCCAAGUGCUGGGAUUAAAGGUGUGCGCCACCACGCCCAGCUAGGCAGAUAAUCUUUAACAGUGUACAAAAACUUUCAGAUUCCCUUAUGGACAGUCAAAGCCUCUAUAAAAUACAAUGAAGUUGUCACCUGAUGCUCUGAACAGGCAUGCUUACAAUGAGGGUUGGCAUUUCAUUUUAACAUUGUUAAAGUUUCACAAGUUGACCUUGACUUUGAGGAAAUGAAAUGAAAAUGGCAGAAUUAUCAGUUUGAAGUGCCACAGAAGGAAAUACUAUGGGACUAGAGAGAGCUGACUUAAUGGUUUAAGCACUGGCUGAUUUUUUUCUCCCCCUUCAGUAUCAGAAUUUGGUUACCAGCACUUGCAUGGCUCAAAACUUCCUGUAGCUUCAGCUCCUAGAGCACCUACACAUACAUGUGUAUUCAUCUCACACACACACCCAUCUUUUGAAGAUCAUGAUUACAGUGUCACUGCAAAGCUUAGAUUGUCUGACACUGUCAGGACUGAUUUUAGGAAGUUGGAGAGAUAGCUCAGUGGUUAAGAGCCCUGGCUGUUCUAGAGGAUUCAGGUUAGAUUCCUAGCCUCCACAUGCCAGCUCACAACCAUCUGUAACUAUAGUUCCAGGGGCUCCAGUGCCCUCUUUUGCAAAUCCUCUGUGGUUGCUGCAUACACAUAGUAUAGGCAAAACAGUGACAUACACACAAAAUAAAAAUAAAUAUAAAAACAAUUUUAGGGGGUCAGGUUCUAACCUUUGUCUGGUUUAAAAGGGAUUUAGGGAUUGGGAAGAUAGCUCAUUGUGUAAAUCAAGUGUGAGGAAUGUCAGUGGUCAUUGUGUCCCAUCUGUAAUACAGCUUGAGAGAGAAGUAAGAGAUGUGAUCUCCAAAGCAAGCUGGUUAGCAAGACUAGCACAUUAGUGAGCUUUGAGUUUGACUGAGAUUUUGCCUUAGUAGAAGGGGAGGGAUAAAGGAGGAUUUUCAGGUAUCAACUCAAGUGUCUGCAUACACACGGAACAAGCACAUCUAUAUAUGUACAUAUGGAAACUAAGAAAACUAAGAAAAGAAUAGGGAGCUGGAGAGAUGGCUCAGCGGUUAAGAGCAUAGCCUGCUUUUCCAAAGGUCCUGAGUUCAAUUCCCAGCAACCACAUGGUGGCUCACAACCAUCCGUAAUGAGAUCUGAUGCCCUCUUCUGGUGCAUCUGAAGACAGCUACAGUGUACUUACAUAUAAUAUAUAUAUUUAUUUAUUUUUUGGUUUUUCGAGACAGGGUUUCUCUGUGUAGCCCUGACUUUCCUGGAACUCACUCUGUAGACCAGGCUGGCCUUGAACUCAGAAAUCCGCCUGCCUCUGCCUUCUAAGUGCUGGGAUUAAAGGUGUGUGCCACCACUGCCUGGCAUAAUAAAUCUUUUAAAAAAAUAUGUGUUGAUGGUAGAGAGGGAGGAAGACAGAAAUGAAUUUGGAUUUUCCACAUCAGUGCAUUUGUGCUGAGGUUAGAAUUGUGCCAACAUCAGGGAAUCCCUCCUCCUGAGUACCAGCAGGGAACAGUGCUUGCCUCCCACAUCAGUAAGGUUUAGGAAACAUUCUGUUAGUGAGACAUUCUUCCAUCCAAAACAAUGAAGUGUUCUGUGUGCUGUCAACAUAUUUUAACAAUUCCAUCUCCAGCACCUUCAGCUUUCUGUGCUUGUUCUGUUUGGCUUCUCCAUGUUCUGUAGUGUUUUUGCUAUUCUACCACAAAAAGGUACCCUCUCAGCUCUUCUGUAUGUAUCUUCUAGCUUUUGUUCUUUACCUUUUAUACCUUAGCUUUAUCACCUUCAACAUUCCCAUCAGCCUUUGGAUAACACUAUGAUGUAGGUGACAAGCACAGGAUAUAUACUUUGAUUUAUCUGAGGGUGGCUUUUGCUGCUGCAUCCAAUUUCUUUUUGAUUAUGUAGAUAGCAAUAGAUCAGGAAGCUAGAGGAAUAUAUUAUAAAGAGUUUUGAGUCCAAAGAACAGGCUUUGACUUGAUGCACUCUAAACCACUCUCACUGUCUUAAUUUAGGGACUUUAGUACUCUUUGAGUGACAGUCACAGUUCCAAGUGUUGGUAGUAGAGCAGUGACUGAAAAAAGACCUAGACAAAUCUGUCAUAAAGUGUACAUGGGAGUGUGUUGGUUGGAGGUAAGAGUUUGGAGAAAAAGAGGUGGGUAAGACUUGGUAGCAAGUCUCUACCCACUGAGCCAUCUCCUAGGCUCCCUCUCUCCCUUCCUCCUUUCCUCCCUCCCUUUUUAAAGUUGAGACACGGGGUCUCAUGUGGCCCAGGUUGAUCUCAAGUUCACUGUGUAGCCAGGGAUGAAUUUGAACUUGUAAGUUUUCUCUCCCUACCUUCUGAGCUCAGAGUUUCAGGUUUUGCAACCAUGCUGGUUUUUCUGUAGUGCUCGAGAUUGAACCCUAGCUUUGUGUUCGGCAAGCAGACUACCAUCCGAGCCAUGUUUUCAACCCUUCGUUUUCUUUGAAUUGGCAGCCUUUACCUGAUAUUUCAUCUAACUAGAGAUUUAGUCUUUCUAGACUAUUUUGUCUUCUGUAUUUGCUACUGUUUUAAACAGCUUUGGCAUUUGCUUAUAAUACAAAUUUUUAUCAAUCUGAGAAUGUAGUGAUUUAACAAUUUUGUUUAAAGCCUGUAAAGGUGAUAUAUGUUGACCAUUCUAGCAUUGUAUAUAGUGUAGCGUGUAUAAUCAAUAAGUUACUGAAGGUCUUUGAAGACAGUAGACUGCCUAACUCAGUCUAACUGCAGUUCCAGGAGAUUGAACACCUUUUUCUGGCCUCUAUAAGCACUAGGCACACAUGGUGUAGACAUACAUGCAGGCAAAAUACUCAUACUAAUUAAAAAUUUUAAAAUAAUUAACUUUACAAAAAGACAAAUCCAGACAAAGCCAAAGUGAAAGCCAUACUUAAGGCAUGUAACUAUCUUGCUGACUUGCAUAGUUAAUAGAACAAGCCUAUUAAAAUAGAGGUUUAGUUCCUAACUUAUGUCCUGGUAGAUCAGAUUUCUUAGUCGCUUAGUCCCUCCCUCCCUCCCUCCCUCCCUCCCUCCCUCCCUCCCUCCCUCCCUCCCUCCCUUCUUUCCUUCCUUCCCUACCAUCCAUCCAUCCAUCUAUCCAUCUAUUUUUGAGACUUUGAAAAUUUGUUAUUUUGCUUUAUUUAUAUACAUGGUUUCUCAGUGUAGUGCUUGCUAUUUUGUAAUGUAACCGUACUUUUGGCUACUUUAUUGGGUUCUUUUUCUACUACCAUCCUACUCCACCCUUAUCCCAACCCCCCAACACUAGGUAGGAGAGAAAGAAGGUUAGAGGGGAAAGGGACUUAAACUGCUCAUUCAGGGCGUUGAGUUCCUUGGGGCAGUUUUGAUCUUUGUAGUUAGGCUGUCUCCAGCCAGCAGUCAGCAAGCAGCUGCAGCAGCAUUUUAUACAUCUCAAGAGUCUCCAGAAUUCCAAAUGUAAAACAUCUUCAGCUGGCGUAAUUAUACUCCUGCCAGAGCAGGAGGCAAAUCACAGUUUGCUGCUGUUGACAACCUGAAGCGGCUCCAUAUUCCACACCUGGGAUGAAAACAAAAACAUCAUCACAUAACAUUCAGUGUUUUUAAAGAAAUCAAAAUUCUCACCUCAUUGGAACUCACUCUGUAGACCAAGCUGACCCUGAACUCACAGAGAUCAACUUGCCUCUACCUUUUAACUGCAUAGUCCUGCUUGGCCUGGAACUUGCUGUGUAGUCCAGGCUGACCUUAAACUCAUCAGAGACCUCCCUACUUCAAGAUCUCUUGAUCUUACACUACUCCUCUGUGUGUGUGUGUGUAUGUGUAACAUAAGGGGUCAUGUAACAUGGCUUUGAAUUCCUAAUCCUUUCUCUACCUCUUGAAUGCUGAGAUUAUAGGUGUGUGCUACUGUGUUGGGUUUAUACUUCUUAGGAUUGAGUUCAGAGCUCUGUUCAUGCUAGAUACUCUACCAUGGAAUUGUAGUUAUAGAUGAUUUUUAGCUACCAUAUGGAUGUGGGGAAUCAAACCUGGGUUCUCUGGAAGAGCAGCCAGUGCUCUUAACCAGGCACCUGUUUUGCUUUUUUUGAGACAGGAUCUUAUUUAAUAGACAGUCCAGGCUAUCCUAUUACUUUGUAGUCCAGGUUGUCCUAUUCACUAUGUUGCUCACAUUGGUCUUGAGCCAAUAGCAGGCCUAGAGCCUCAACCUCACAGUGCUGGUGGAUAAUAGGUCAAUGCCACUGCGGCUGCUUUGCCUGAAUUAUUAUCAGACCCAGCAAGCCUGACACUUGAGUUCAGACCCUCUUGGAAAUGAUUGUGGAAGUAGAGAACUGAGUGAUAUUUGCACCAUGGCACAUGCACACAUUGUAUACACAUGUAUAAAUUUAAAAAGUUUGUGUUACUUGUCUUUGAACAAAUGCUUCCCCCAAUAUUACUACUUUAAAUAACAUUUUUUGGUCUGUUUUUUUGAGACAGGGUUUCUCUGCCCUGGCUAUCCUGGAACUCUCUCUAUAGACCAGGCUGACCUUGAACUCAGAUCUGCUUGCCUCUGCCUCUGCCUCCCAAGUGCUGGGAUUAAAGGUGUGUGUCACCUUGCCCAGCUGAUAACAAUGUUUGAAGGUACUAAACCUUUUUAUUUUUUUUCUUGCUCCAUAUUAUAUUAGCUGCUGUGAGAGGGAGAUAAAGAGGAGCCUGCUUUCAAAGAGCAUAACCUAGAAUGGAUGAAAGUGGGGAUAUGGUAAGGUAGCUUGAUAUGUGAUUUAUUCAGUGGGUGGUGAAUGCCUACUAUGUGGCUGGUGUUCUGGACAUAGAGCAGAGUCCUUCUCCUUUAGAAUACAAUGGGAAGUAUGCAAUUUUAGUAUUUUUGUUGAAUGGGGAGUGAAUAUUCACCCACUAUAGCACAAAUAAUCAGUUCACUCCUUUUAUCACAUGGGCUCCAGGGAUGGAACUCAAGUUGUCAGGUUUUGCAGCAAGCAUGUUUACCGAACUGUUUUGCUGGAUCUGUCUCUUUUACUGCAGCAAUAUAAAUAAACAAGAUAAUUUAAAAUCACAACCAUAAUAUAGGGAAAAUAAACUGGGUGAUAUAGAGUGUGAGGAGAAGGUAUAUUCCUUACUUUUCUAUUGCUGUGAUAUGACUAACACCACUUACAGGAGAAGAGUUAUUUGGGUUUCUGGUUCCAGAAGGUUUGAGAGUCCUUUGGGAAGCAUGGCAGCAGCAGGCAGCAUGGUAUCUGGAACAGUAAACUAGAGUUCUUAAACCACAAGCAGGAAGUAGAGAAUGAGGAACUAGGAAAUAUCUAACUCCCCCCACCCCCACUUCCUCCUACAAGGCUAUACCUCCUAAACCUACCCAAAUAGUGCCACCAACUGGGGACCAAGUCUUCAAAAUACAUUAAAAUACAAGCCUAUGAAAUACAUUCGCAUUCAAACCACCACUGAAGAAACUGACUUUGGAUUGGAUAGUUAGAGAAAAAUUUUCCUGAUGACUAAUUUGGACUGAGGUGUGAGGAAGGAUCAUAUACAAGAACAGUGAGAAGGAGGCUAGAGAGUUGACUCAGUGGUGAAGAAUACUUGUUGCUCUAGCAGAGAAUCAGGGGUCAAUUCCCAGUACUCAUGUGGUGACUCACAACUACCUAUAAUUCCAGUCCCAGGGAAUCAUCAUGUAUAUGCAUAAAAUAAUCUAAGAAAAUACUUUUUAAAAAGGACCGUGGGAAAAGGAGUAUUGUUAAAGACAUGAAGGCAGGCAGCUUGGCAUGUUUGAGUACACGGGAGACCUAAAGCAUAGAGAACAAAGGAAAAAGGAUGAAAAAUGUAGAGCCAUGAAGGGCCUUGCUGUGGAAGCUGUCUUUGGGUUGUGAUAGAGAAAUACUGAGGACUAGCUAAUAACAGAAGCUAAGUUCUCUUUGUCUGGAAGGUGGUAUGUUCAAAGAUGACGGUGCUGGCAGGUUGUGGUUUUUGUGGGACUGGCUUUCAAGUAAACAGAUGGUGCUUUUUUGUUUUUUGUUUUUUGUUUUUUUUUUAAUCUUAUUCACCAGUUAAUACUUAAUCUUCUUCCCAAAGGCUCCCUUCUGAUGCCAUUGCCAUAGAGGACUUAGAGUUUUGUCAUGAGAUUUGUAACCUUGCUGCUUUCUGUCCACCUCAACUGAGGACAAGAUCUAAUUUGAAAUAUUAAAAGUGGAUACAAAACUGUUUCCGAAAUGCAGACAAUUAAGUGUGUUGUUGUUGGUGAUGGUGCUGUUGGUAAAACAUGUCUCCUGAUAUCCUACACAACAAACAAAUUCCCAUCGGAAUAUGUACCAACUGUUUUUGACAACUAUGCAGUCACAGUUAUGAUUGGUGGAGAGCCAUACACUCUUGGACUUUUUGAUACUGCAGGGCAAGAGGAUUAUGACAGACUACGACCGCUAAGUUAUCCACAGACAGAUGUUUUUCUAGUAUGUUUCUCAGUGGUCUCUCCAUCCUCAUUUGAAAAUGUGAAAGAAAAGUGGGUGCCUGAGAUAACUCACCACUGUCCAAAGACUCCUUUCUUGCUUGUUGGGACCCAAAUUGAUCUCAGAGAUGACCCCUCUACUAUUGAGAAACUUGCCAAGAACAAACAGAAGCCUAUUACUCCAGAGACUGCUGAAAAGCUGGCGCGGGAUCUGAAGGCUGUCAAGUAUGUGGAGUGCUCUGCCCUCACACAGAGAGGUCUGAAGAAUGUGUUUGAUGAGGCUAUCCUAGCUGCCCUCGAGCCUCCGGAAACUCAACCCAAAAGGAAGUGCUGUAUAUUCUAAACCGUUUUCUCCUUCCCCUCUUUGCUGCUGCUUCCUGUCCCACUACUGUAGAAAGAUCAUUUAAAACAAAGGAAUAAAACCAUCCUGUUUGAAAGCCUCUGCGUCUUCUUACUCAACACUUUAGAGCAAACUCUGUAUUCAUUUUUGAUCAUGAAUGCAAUUAGAAUAUUUUUUGUGAUCAGUAGUCACGUUAGACUUGUUUAACUUUCUGCUGCUUGAGUUGCCUGAUGCUCAGAGCUUUUGGUUUGAAUUAUUGCAAAAGGGAAUGUGGUCUGGCAUUAAGAAUGAUGUCUUCUUGGAGAAAAUAAGAGUUUUAACGCUUCUAGAUGUUAGUUCUAGAUGGAGAAAGCAUCACUAAACAUCAUUUUACUCUUACUGAUUGUUAAUUGUAAUUGCAUGACACACUAUGAAAAGGGUUGGCUUGCUAGUAGAGUGUAAUGGGGAAGGGAGGAUUCUCAUGGUUUUCCUGUGUGCAGUGAAACUUUUGUGUUGCUCUUGCUUUGGCUGUUUGUGCCGUAGGUGGAGUGUUUGUCAUUCUGGGAUGGGGAAGGUAUCCAUGUAUCUGCUUACUGCUUUAUGAGUUCAUUGUUACACAUUAUCUCCUAAUCCUAGCAUCCAUUUAACAAUUGACUUAAGAUUUGCUGAUAUUGAAAUGUAAAGCUACUGCCUUUAUAUUUUCCUGCUUUUGAUUCUAUUGUUGUGAGGGAAACAUACAGUUGUGGUUAUCUUUACAUUUUGAAAUUAAAAAUAUACAAUUGUUUGUAUAAACGCCUGGUGAAGCUUUAUUCCUAUUGCAAGAACUGGCUCUAACCUCACUCUUGUAUCAGGUACCCACCUCUGCUUCUUUGACUCCCCUUGGCUUUGUCUAAUUAGUGGGAUAAAGGGAGUUCAAGGUGAUUAUAUUUACAGCUGCCAUACCCUCGCUGUCCACUCCCUGCCUUCCAUACAACAUGGAUGCUGCCCGGAUGUAUUCUCUAUUUCACAUGCUGCCGCUCCAUUUGAAUGCAGAACUGCUUCCCAUGUUCCCUAUGGUAAAUGUUUUAGCUACACAUUACACAACUCAUCGAAUGAGCAAAUGACAUGUGCUUUUUGCUUCUUGUGAUAUAUAUUGGUUUGCAAAAAGUAUCUCAGAGGACCACUUAUGAAAUCUGCUCAUCUGUGCCAGCAUUGCUGAAUCUCUCCUGUGCCCUGACAAGACAACCGAGUGAAGCAAAAUUAUUAGGUUGGGUUUCAGGGUUAUUAAUGUCUUUGGGGUUUGACUGUUUUAAACAUGAACUCCAGUUCUGUUGUGAUACUGAAAAUCAGAUUGCCCAUUUCUUCUUUCUACCCCUUUUCAGAAAGGCCUAAAGAAUGUGUUUGAUGAAGCAAUAUUGGCUGCCCUGGAGCCUCCAGAACCGAAGAAGAGCCGCAGGUGUGUGCUGCUAUGAACGCAUCUCCAGAGCCCUUUCUGCACAGCUGGUGUUGUCGUCAUACUAAAAGCAAUGUUUAAAUCAAACUAAAGAUUAAAAAUUAAAAUUUGUUUCUGCAAUAAUGACAAACGCCCUGCACCUACCCACAUGCACUCAUGUGAGACAAGGCCCAUUAGUAUGGCCCCUCCUUGCCCUUCCAGUAAUAGUUAAUUUUGAAUAAUUAUGUAUUGUCUGAAAAGCAAUGAGUGCUAGUUUUUGUUUUCUUUGUUUAAAAAAAAAAACAAAAAUCCCCACAAACGUUUGUUGUUUUUUUGUUUAAAAGCAAGCAUGCUUGUAUUGACUGUAACAGACUAAUUCAGAUUGUCAAAGCUGCUCCCUGGUUCCAUUUUGGAGAGUAAUCUGGGGCAUCUUCGUGUCUUCUGUUUUGUUUUGUUUUGUUUUUCCUCAACCCUUCUCUCCUUUUGGGGUGUGUAUGGGGUUGUUUCUUAGACUUGUAUUUUAAAAUUUGUUAACCAUAGGACAGCCUGUGGGGAGGAGGACAGAGUAUUUCCACAUUCCACUCCCUAGGUCUAGUUUAGCAAACGUGUCCCCACCUGGUGCUCUUAGGAAGGAGUAUAGAAACGCCUCGAUUAACAACGUAUUCCUUCUUGAAAGUUGCCUUUUCUCUCCACCUCUGAGUGGGUCCAGUCUGUGAUGGAACUCAUGAAGGUGGGUGGACGCUGUCUCGCCCCUCUUUCUAGGAUGCACUCUAUAUGUGACUGUGACUUUCAAGGGUAUUUGUUUGCCAUUUCCUGAUUUAGGGAGGGGAAUAAUUUCUAACUUCUUUCAUUGAUAAAUGAAAAGUAUUGCACCUUUGAAAUACACCAAAUGGAUUGAGUUCCUAAUUAAAAAAAGUUCUUUUGCCCCUGUCAGUCAUUUUCUUACAUGCUUAGCACAGAUUCACAACUCACUGUGUAGUGUUCCUAGAUUCAGCUGAAGACCUGGUACCUAGGGUUCCUAACGGGAUGGUGUUAGGAAACACAUCAUGGCUGAUGAUUGCCAUCUCCUUUCAGGUGAUGAGGUCACAGGCCUGCUUCCUUAAGAAGCUAUGAGCAUGGGGUGGGGAGCAUACUUUUAACCAACAUGGGGACCAGUCAGGGCUAUCCCCUUUUUUCUUCCAUGCCUAUGAGGAACCUUUGAACAACUGGCUGAAGCUUUCGCAAGAAAAAUGGCGAGAGCCUCAUGAUUCUUUAUAAGUGUUAAUAGAGACUUUAUCAGAUUAUUUUGUUUGCAGGUUCCAGUUUUUAAAAAAUGUUUAGAUAAUCUCCUUCCCCAGUCCUGAUCUUGUGGAUUCGUUAGUGCCGAACCAAUGCUUUCUUGUGUCUCAACUCUUUGUAUAUGAAUUCUUUUCAGAUGUAUUAAACAAACAAAACCCUUCACAA